CCAACUGCCGUGCCGCACCGCGCCGCACCGCACCUUUCCUCACGAUGGCACACAGCCUCAGCCUCCUCGACGGCAUCGGCGCCGGCGCUAGCCAGGCCAAGAAGAGCGCCCUCGCGGGCAUGGGCGUGCCCGACGCGCUCCUCGCCGGCAGCAGCGGCAGCGUGGCGCGCAUGCAGGCCAACGCCGUCAUCGCCGCCGACGGUGCCGCGCCGCUGCCCCACGCCAAUGCCAGCAGCAGCGCCGCCACUGCGGCCGCCGACGCCGCACAGGGCGGCGCCGUCAAGAUGUUCGCCUCCAUCCCCGCCGACGACGCCGAGAUCAAGGCCGCGCCCGUGCCGUACCGCGGCAGCGCCCUCUACGUGCUCUUCACCGACCUGCUGCUGUUCAUCUGGCAGGCGCCCUACAUUCCCACGGCGCUCGUGCCGCUCAACCUCAACCGCGGCGCCUACCCGUUCCAGGACAUGACGCUGCAGGGCGUCGUCUUCCAGAUUCUGGCGCUGGCCUGCUCGCUCCUCGUGCUGCCCGUGCUCUUCUCGGCCCUCUUCGUCGGCAUUCCGGCGCCCGUGCCCACGCUCGUCGCCACGUGGGCGGGCGCGUCGCUCUUCCUCUUCGCGCAGGGCCCCGAGGUCGUCUUCGGCCGCAACCUGGCGCCCGACGGCCACGCCGACGAGGCGUGGUUUUUCAUCAACGGAGUCGCCACGACGCCCUCGGGCACGCGCAAGGCCCUCGCUCGCUUCAAGGAGCUCUUCGGCCGCAACGUCGUCGGCAUCAACAAUCGUUCGCUCGGCCCGCUGGCGGAUCUGGCGCAGUGUCUGAUCCAGCGCGACCUGCGCUGGCCCACGCGCGACGCCUCGGCGGGCUACGAGGUGCUCAAGGCGGCGCUCAACGACGUGGCGAUGGGCAGCAAGAAGAAGGUGGUGCUCAUUGCGCACUCUCAGGGCGGCAUCAUCGCCUCGGCCUGGGUCGACCAGCUGCUCGCCGACUUCAGCCGUGAGGUACUUGGCGCGCUCGAGGUGUACACUUUCGCCAGCGCGGCGUCGCACUUUAGCUCGCCUCUCGACUCGGCCGGCCGUCCGCCGUUUGCUCACGUCGAGCACUUUGCGCACACGCUCGACUACGUCUGUCGCAUCGGCGUCUUGGCCUUCACCUCUCCCGCGGGCGCCUCGCUGCCCGUCAGCGGCAAGACUGAUUCUCACACGGGCGAUGGUCCCGGCGGCACGGCUGUGCUGCUGCCCAACGCCGACUAUCCCAUGCCCAUCACGUCGACGUUCUACGGUCUCCUCUUCGUGCAGCCGGCCGCGGGACACCUCAUCUGCACGCACUACCUCGGCGACAAGAGCAUCCUCAACUCUCGUCAGGCGCGCAGCCACUCCCGGCUCGCGCGCUACAUGAUCGAGCACGGCGCUGCGCUGCGCCGCAAGACGUAGAAGCUCCCCGUUGCAUUCGUGCUCGCUGAGCCACACGCCGGCCCGUGCAAGGCGCCUUUGCUCGCCUCGCCCGUCUGCACGCCUCGUCCUCACCUGUCACGCACCACCACCGUCCCGCAGCUGUCCCGUCUGGCACUCCCCGUCACUGUCACUUCUGGCCUGUUACCGCAAUCACGACGUCAUUCUUCCUC